ACACUGACUUGACUUGACACAUUUUGAAAUUAAUUCGGGUUUACUUUACUACUCAGUCUACUUUACUGACUGUCUAGUGUCUUUACUGACUUUCCUGACUUUAGACUCUUUACUGACUUUCCUGACUUUAGACUAAGACACUAAAUUAAGACUUGUCUUUUAUCAUGCUUGACAUGACUUUAGAGUUUAGACUUAGACUACUUAGUCGACUUAGUGUCACUUAGUCACUUAGACAUAUAGAAUAGACAAAUAAAAAUUAGAUCUAGAUAUAGAUCUAGAUUAACUUGUGACUUAUGCCACUUAUGGCACUAGACUCUAUCAUCUAUGUCUUCUAUUAGAUUUAAUUUAUUAGAUCUAGAAAAUAUAGAUAAUAGUAUACAACUACUACUCAUCUAGUAGAAUUAAGAAUAAUCUUGAAUCUAGAUCUACUUAGACUUAGAUUUGUUAGAUUCUAGAUCUAGAUAUCCAAAUACUCAAAUACUAGCUAAUCAAUAACUAUUGUGAAUUGUGACUCUAGAGUCUAGAUGUCUAAAAAUAGUUUCACAAGAUGGCUGGCAAUUACUACUUUGUUGUGGUAGGACACCAUGAUAACCCAGUCUAUGAAGUGGAAUUCUCUCCCCCUAACAAACCCAGCGAAAAGAAAGAUGACCAUCGACAUCUGAAUCAGUUCAUUGCACAUGCAGCUCUUGAUCUGGUUGAUGAGCAGAUGUGGUCUACCAACAAUAUGUAUCUUAAGAUAGUCGACAAAUUUAACGAGUGGUUUGUGUCGGCUUUUGUCACUGCUGGACGGAUGAGAUUUUUGAUGCUUCAUGAUGUGAAAAAUGAGGAGGGUAUCAAAAAUUUCUUUAACGAAGUUUAUGAAACAUAUGUCAAGUUUGCAUUGAAUCCAUUUUAUGAAAUCAACACUCCAAUCAAGUCUCUCAAUUUUGACAAGAAAGUUCAGUUUUUUGGGAAGAAAUUUUUGUGUGGGUAAAAAAAUAGACCUUUUUUUGUAGUUGAGUAUUUAUAGCAUGAAUUCAACUGAUUUAUUAUUUGACUGUGAUAAGAACUUUAACAAUUACUGAAUACAUGGCUGAACCAAAUGAUCAAACAAUCAAUUUAACAGUGAGAGCUCAAUAACUUACCAAAAAUGACAACAUCAUCUUAAGCUUGACAAGACAAACUUUUAAAAAAUUGAUUUUUAUUUAUAUUUAAUACAAGUAAUACUGAAAAUGAUUUCAUUAAAUUUUAUUAUUAUUUUUAUGUUAAUAAAAAAUGACAAAAUGUUUUGUUUUCCAAUAAUUUUGAAAAGUCUCUGUUAAGUUUAAAUCUGUGUUUCUGUAAUUCUUGUAUACAGUAUUUUUACAAGCUUUUUCUUUAUGGGACUCUUCCCAUUUUUGGAGAAUGUAGCAGAACCCUUUGCUUGUUACUGAGGUCAGAUUAUUUCCCAUUUGUUUAAAUUUGAAACAAUUAAUGAGUUAAACUGCAUUCUAUAUUUUUUUCAAGUAGAAGACCAGAAUAAAAUGUACAGACAUAAGCAUUAAAAAAAUGAAGGUCUAUUGACUUUGAUGGCAUUGUGUAGACUUGUUUGUAGAUAUGCUAAUUUUAAUAUCUGGUUCUAGAUUUAUACUUUGACUAUGUUGCAACAAAAUAAAACCAAAUGGAAAUAUCAGGGCUCUUCAGACAAACUUGACCUGGAAUCAUUUAAUAGUUGAUAUUUGUUUCAAAGUAUGUCAGAAUGUUGAUCAGUUCAAAGUUCAUAAUGAUAUGGUUAUGGUUGUUUUUCUUUACAAAGAAGAGCUAAUAGAAUUAAUGUUUCUCUUCUAUUUACUUGGGAAUAAUUCAUGUGCAGGCCUAUUAGUUCAUUUUUUUUUAUUGAGACCCUGUACUGGUCAAAGUUGUUUUUUUUAUCAUUGUCCAUAUUGUUUUGAAACUAUUUUCCUGUCAAAUAAAAAAAGCUAUGGUUCAAAUAACAUACAUCUAAAGAUUCUAUUUCGAGUGAGCCUUAAUAAUUCAAUGCCAGGACAGGCAUUGCAAAGCACUAAACUAGUGAGAGUUUGAGCCAUUUUGAACAUUUGACUAUUAAUGUUAAAAAUAUGUAACAGGUUACUUUAAAUUUGAUAAAUUGUUAUAUUUUGUUGUUUCAGUGUAUGUCUGAUAUCAGUUGGAUGAGAUUUUUGUCAUUUCUUUGUUCAUUCAAUAAAUCAAAAAAAAAAAAAUGUUCUCAAUGUAUUUAUUUAUUUGACUUUGUAGAACAACAUACAGUGUGAAAGUAUCACCAGUUACAAACUGAAUUUGUAUCCCCUAAUCUAGAGAGACUUGGAGAUUUCUAAACAAACCCUUUAUCUAUGAGUCCAUCUAGCUUUAGCAGAUACCUGUUGGCCAAUUAUAGCUGUGCUGGUCACAAUAUCAUCAUGUUUUGGCCAAAGAAACAAGUUUCUCUUUUAAUUCACCUAAAUUAUUAGUGACACUAGACACAUGAAAGUACAACAGGAAAAUAAAUGUUGGAUUUAUUUCUACUAUGUAAAAAGGUCUGCCCACAGGAAACUAUACCAAACACAAACGUGUUCAAGAAUGUACACAAAGUGUGUAUGAAAUAUUGAAUUAUGUUGUAAACAAACAAUGUGUGUACAAAGUGCUCAAACUGAUUUAUAGAAAAUUAAUGGAAUAGUUUCACCAUCGCUCAUAGGUCAAUGUAGCAUGAAGCCAGGACACAAAGUCAAGUCAUUGGAAAGUUUUUUGGAACUGCAUUAAUAAUACCAUAAAAUAUCUGCAGGAAUGUGUCAGGCCAAUCAGGUUUUUUUUUUUUAAGUUCUAUUUGGAAAUGACAGACACAUGAAAUAUUGUUAUCACAAUAGGUUUCAUACCAAGGGAGUUAUUAGAUAAAACUAAUUCAAUUUGUUGUGUACACAAUGUGAAUAAUGUUAAUCUUAAAGUCAAUAAAAAGAACUAAUAUAAAUAAUACAAAGUGAUAUUAAAUUUUAGGAUUUGACUCCCAAUAAAAAAAAAAUCUUCAAAAGAAACAAAAUCAACAGACUUCUGACUGUAAUGGUAUUUUAGAAUUACGACUAAUACUAAAGGGAUAAUCUUAAAAAAUUACAUUGUAAAAAUAUUUUGUAGAGAACUCGCUCAAAUUAUAAAUGUUUUUUUAUAUCAGUAAAAGAAAAGCAGACAAAAUCUUCAUCAUGUGUAAAGAGACAGUAUUUUACAUGGACAUAAUUACUCUUAUCUAAAAAAUACACUCAAGAAAGGCAAA